AUGGUAACCUUUUACCUCUUUUUACCUAUCAAACUACCAAUCUUUCUCCAUUCAUUGUCUUCGAUUUUUCUUUCUUUCUUUUUCUUUCUUUCUUUCUUUCCCUUUCCUCUUUUACACUUACACAGCUACCGAUCUUUCUUUCAUUUCAUUAACAUCAAGCUCCAUUUUCAACUUGCCAAAAUAACAAUCUUUCUUUCUUUCUUUCUUUCUUUCUUUCUUUCUUUCUUUCUUUACACGUCCUUAAAUUUAGAUAUCACCCCUUCUUUCUUUCUCGACCUGAAAAAGAUAAUACACUUUCUUUCUUUCUUUCCUUCUUUCUUUCUUUCUUUUUUUCUUUCUUUCAUAUCAUUCUUUGUUUCUUUUUCUUUCUUUCUUUCUUUCUUUCUUUCUUUCUUUCUUUCUUUCUUUCUUUCUUUUUACGACCUUAAAUUUACAUAUCAUCUCUUCUCGACCUGGAAAGGAAAAUAUGCUUUCUUUAUAUCAUUCUUUGUUUCUUUUUCUUUCUUUCUUUCUUACUUUCUUUCUUUCUUUCUUUCUUUCUUUCUUUCUUUCUUUCUUUCUUUUUACGACCUUAAAUUUACAUAUCAUCUCUUCUCGACCUGGAAAAGGAAAUGCUUUCUUUCUUUCUUUCUUUCUUUCUUUCUUUCUUUCUUUUUUUUUCUUUCUUUAAUUAAAUUUAGAUAUCAUUCUUUGUUUCUUUUUCUUUCUUUCUUUCUUUCUUUCUUUCUUUCUUUCUUUCUUUUUACGACCUUAAAUUUACAUAUCAUCUCUUCUCGACCUGGAAAGGAAAAUAUGCUUUCUUUCUUUCUUUCUUUCUUUCUUUCUUUCUUUAAUUAA